AUGGCCCGCCAGCUAACAGCCCUGCUACGUAUAGAUUUAAAAGCCGAAUUCGAAGUCCGACUGGAGGAAGGGCUCGAUACAUUUGUCGUUUUCGAUGGACUCCCAAUCGUCUCCGAAGAGAAUAAGGCCAAGUUGAUUAAAUUCUUGUUAAAGAAGAUUAAGAAGGGAGGGGAUGGCCCCGCCUCAGGAAACGUCGACCCGAACCGCCAGAUCUUUUUGCCAAUGAACGAAAAUGGAAUGUCUGAAGGUUUCGCGUUCGUUGAAUAUGACACCCCCGAAGAGGCCUUUGCCGCCAUAAAGAGUCUCCACGGAACACCUUUGGAUAAGAAGCACACCCUGGCUGUGAAUAAGCUCACCGAUAUAGACCGCUACGGACGCGAAGGCCGAAUAGACGAUGACUAUAAACCCCCAAAAAUUGAACCAUUUCAAGAAAAAGAACAUCUUCGAUCAUGGCUGGGCGACCCCAACGCCCGCGACCAGUUUGCCAUGUUCCGCGGCGACAAAGUUGGUGUAUUUUGGAAUAUGAAGAAGGACCCUGCAGAGAAUAUCGUUGAUCGAGAUCACUGGACGCAAUUAUUCGUACAAUGGUCUCCAAUGGGUACAUAUCUCGCCUCUGUCCACCCACAGGGUAUCCAGCUCUGGGGCGGCCCUCAAUUCAGCAAACAAAAACAAUUCCCUCAUCCUUUCGUUCAGCUUGUCGAAUUCUCACCCGGAGAAAACUACAUCACCACCUGGUCCAGCCGUCCGAUACAGAUAGAGGGUGCGCCGGGCGUUUUAACAUAUGAUGAGGACGGCAAGAAUAUAAUCAUUUGGGAUAUUACCACUGGAAAGCCUCUCCGAUCCUUCGUCAGCCACGACCUAUCUGUUCCCACUCCCGCUGCCGCUGAUGGUGAUGCCGCUGCACCAAAGAAGAAAGUCCAGUGGCCCGCGUUUAAAUGGUCGGCAGACGAGAAGUACGUCGCCCGAAUGCUACAACAUCAGUCCAUCUCCAUCUACGAGCUACCCCGCAUGAACCUCCUAGACAAGACAGUGGUCAAGGUCGAAGGCGUUAUGGAUUUCGAAUGGGCACCAGCAACCGUCCAGCGAGAGGGAAUUAAAAAUUACGAACAGCUACUCAGUUUCUGGACUCCUGAAAUCGGAAGUAACCCAGCCAAGGUCGGCCUGAUGAGCAUACCUUCAAAGGAGAUUGUUCGUACACGAAACCUUUUCAACGUCUCCGAUGUUAAAUUACACUGGCAGUCUCAGGGUGCCUAUGUCUGCGUCAAGGUUGACAGGCACUCCAAGUCCAAGAAAUCCAUGGCCACCAAUCUUGAAAUUUUCAGAGUAAAAGAAAAGGGUGUCCCAGUCGAAGUUGUCGACUCGCUGAAGGACACUGUCAUAAAUUUCGCCUGGGAGCCUAAGGGUGAUCGAUUCGUCCUUAUUACCACCGGUGAAGUUCCCACCGGCUCAGCGGUUGCCCCUAAGACCGCCGUUUCGUUCUUCUGCCCCGAGAAAGUCAAGGGUGGUGGUAUUGGUAACUUCAAGCUCAUCCGCACCAUCGAGAAGAAAACAAGUAACGGAAUCUACUGGUCCCCCAAGGGCCGAUUUGUUGUCGUGGCCACCGUCCAUUCGCAGCAGAAUUUCGACCUUGAUUUCUGGGACUUGGACUUCGAAGGUGAGAAGCCAGAGAGUGAAAAGGAUCUGUCAGCCAAUCUUCAGCUUAUGAAGACCGCCGACCACUUCGGCGUAACUGAUGUCGACUGGGAUCCCACUGGUCGGUAUGUUGUUUCCAGUGCCAGCGCCUGGACUCACUCGAUGGAAAACGGCUAUAACAUUCACACAUUCUCUGGCACUACCCUAUCCGAACACCCCACUGAAAAAUUCAAGCAGCUUCUCUGGCGCCCACGACCUCCAACUCUCCUCACCAAGGAAGAGCAGAAACAAGUCCGCAAGAACCUCCGCGAGUACUCUCGCGAAUUUGACGAAGAAGAUAAAUACGCCGUCGACAUUGCCAACACUGCCAUCGUCGAGAUGAGAAAGAGAGCCCUCAGCGAAUGGACUGCCUGGCUCAGAAAGGAGAAGCAAAUGAUUCUUGAGGAGAGGGAAGAUUUGGGUCUAUCUCCAGAUCCAGAAGACGAUAUCAUAGGGAAACCUGCUGAUUCAUCCGCCGAGGGUGAUACAGUGGUGGAAGAAAUUGUGGAGGAGAUCAUCGAGGAGACCGAAGAAAUCAUUACUUAA